AUGGUCAAGGAGACGACGCAUGAAGGAAGCCUGGUCCUCAACAGAAGUGAGUCGAGAGGUAACUCGACAGAUAAUCCAUUCUACCUUAAAGAUCCCCUUUCUAAUUCUUCACAAGUCGUGGCUAUAUGUAACGUGUUUCACUGUGACGGAUUAUUGCUAUGCACCACAAAGGACAAGAGACUUGUGGUUUGGAAUGCAUGUUCAGGGGAAACCACGUGGAUUAAUCCUAGAGACAUCUACAGGGAAUCAGACUACUAUGCUCUCGGCUACGACUGCAAAUCCUCCGGCAAGCAAUACAAAAUCUUGAGGGUGGAUCGUGAAGAUGUACCACUCAUUAAUGAGUACGAGAUUUAUGACUUCACCUCGAACUCGUGGAGAACUCUUGGUGUGGCUACUGAUUGGUUUUUAGCACUAUAUCGUCGUGGCAUAUCAGUAAAGGGAAAUACAUAUUGGGUUGCUACUCAAGCUUUGAGUCCACAUAAUGAUUUCUUACUUAGUUUUGAUUUUUCAGCAGAGAAGUUUCAAAGUCUGUCUCUUCCUCGUCCGUUUCCGGAUAGUAUAUUGGCUUUAUCUGUGGUUAGAGAAGAGCAACUUUGUCUCUUAUCUUUAAAGGAUGCACAAUUACAAGUGUUGGUGACAACUAGUACAGGAUCAUGGAGCCAGCUCCUAGAUGUGACAGCUAAAUAUGUGAUAAGUAGUAGUUUGUUUUCUAAAGGGAUGAGUUUCUUGGCAGACAAGCAGAGCAAAGUUGUAAGGUGUCUGAACUCCAACGUCUUAUACACUGUGCAAGAAAAUAAAGACAUACAAACGAAUCGGCUUGGAAGAGGCAAAAGGGAAAGCAUCACGCAUGAUAAUUUUCAGUCUAGCUCAGUUCUUCUGGAUUAUGCUCCAAGUUUCACUCAAACCCAACAAGGUUAUACACUUCCUGGAGGACGCAAAAGGAAAUCACCAAGGCCGUCUUUUAGCACGUGCAACUGGAGCGGUCGAACAGGGUCCAAAAUUUUAAAGGGUCCAUAA